UUGUUGGGGGGCUUCCGUAGGGACGACCUGGCCCAGUUGCCCUUCCUGACCAUGUGCAUCAAGGAGAGUCUGCGGUUGCACCCCCCGGUCACAGCCGUCUCUCGCUGCUGCGCCCAGGACGUCACGCUCCCAGAUGGCCGGGUCAUCCCCAAAGGUGUCACCUGCCUCAUUAGUAUUUUCGGGACCCACCACAAUCCAUCCGUGUGGCCGGACCCUGAGGUAUACAAUCCUCUCCGCUUUGACCCCGAAAACACCCAGGACAGGUCUUCCCUGGCUUUUAUUCCCUUCUCCGCGGGGCCCAGGAACUGCAUCGGGCAGACGUUCGCCCUGACCGAGAUGAAGGUGGUCCUGGCGCUCACGCUGCUGCGCUUUCGGGUCCUGCCCGACGAGGAGGAGCCGCGCAGGAAGCCGGAGCUCAUCCUGCGCGCCGAGGGCGGACUUUGGCUGCGGGUGGAGCCGCUGAGCGCGCGCCCCCAGUGACCCUCCAGCUGCUGGCUUGGGCUCCACCGCGGCCUUACCUGCACACCCCCCCUGGCGGAUUCCCGGAACCAGAACGCUGUGGGCUCCUCUGCCCGGGCGCCACCGACGGCCGGCAGGUGGCGCUAGGGACCUGCGGGACCGCAGUGGGUGGGCGUGGCGGGGGGGGAGGGGAGGCUGCUGUGUGAGCGCAGGAGCCUGAGGGCCUUCCCAGCUGACCACAGGCCCCCAUGCCGAUUGCGGGUUCCCCCAGAGCCCAAUAAGGAAUUUUACCCUGUAGGCAAUAGGGAGCCAUGGGAAGUAUUUGAGUAGGAGAGGGACGUGUUAAGGACUGCCUGAGGGGCAUGUUUGAAGCUCUGGGUCACAGUGGAAAACCCGGUGUGGCACUACGCUCUGGCCACCCUAGCCUCUGCUGGUAUCUAAUAUAUCCAAUCUUUUAUCUCAGAAUCCUUCACUAUGUUUCCAUGGUUACUAUGUUUACUGAAACAUAACAAAUAUAGAUGCUUUAUCCUGUGUGUCUGAUCAUUGCAA